UGACGGUUAUAGACGCAACAUGGCUGCCGACAAUCUCCCAUCUGAAUUCGACGUUAUCAUCCUUGGAACUGGCCUUACUGAGUCUGUCAUUGCUGCUGCAUGCUCACGAGUGGGACAGAGAGUUCUGCACUUAGACAGUACAAGUCCAGUCCAGUAUAAAUUCAGGAGGAGCUACUAUGCUGGAAAUUGGGCCAGCUUUACAUUCAACAGUCUGCUGUUAUGGAUUGAGGAGUACAAGGCGCAGCAAGAAACUCCAAGUACCAACUCCGUUCAGGAAUGUAGUGAUCAAAUCGAGAAUGGAGAAGAAGUUGUUUUUCUCAGUUCUGUAGACUCUUCCAUCUCAAAUCUGGAAGUAUUCUCUUAUGUCAGCGAGGAGUCUGCGGAUGAUGAACAGCCAAUGGCUCCUGUGAUGUACAGCUUGCUCACAGCAGUUGAGGAGAUAAAUGGCUGCAAUACAGAAGCCCAACACAUGGAUUUUAAUGCUUGUACAGAAGGAGAUAUUGACCCACAGAAUUUACAAGGAAAGGAGCAAACAUCUCAAAGCCAUGAGCCCUGCCAGUUAAAGGAAAACCAAAAAGAUCAGCAACCAAUAACAAGCCCAGAGAAAGUAGAGGUGAAAAAGAAAAUAACGUAUUCUACACUACUGAAGGAGGGGCGAAGAUUUAACAUUGAUCUUGUGUCUAAGCUUCUGUAUUCCCGUGGCUUACUGGUGGACCUUCUCAUCAAGUCCAAUGUCAGCCGCUAUACCGAGUUCAAGAACGUCGGUUGCAUCCUUACCUGUCAUAAUGGCAAAGUGGAACAGGUUCCAUGUUCACGAGCAGAUGUAUUUGGCAGUAAGCAGCUGACGGUGGUGGAGAAACGUAUGCUAAUGAAAUUUCUUACAUUCUGCCUGGAAUUUGAGCAACACCAAGAGGAACUCCAAGAUUGCACAGAGAUGUCAUUUUUGGAGUUUCUUAAAUGUAAGAAACUGACAGAGAACCUGCAGUAUUUCAUUUUGCACUCCAUUGCCAUGGUCAGCCAAGAUGCUCCAGUUAACAAUGGCCUGAAGGCUACACAGCACUUCUUGCGUUGCCUGGGUCGCUAUGGAAACACACCCUUCCUGUUUCCACUUUAUGGAGUAGGAGAAAUUCCACAGUGCUUUUGCAGAAUGUGUGCUGUUUUUGGGGGGAUUUAUUGUCUUCGCCAUUCUGUGCAAUGCCUGGUUGUGGACAAAGAGACAGGAAAGUGUAAAGCUGUUAUUGACAGUCAUGGUCAGCGACUAGGUUGCAACUACUUUGUGGUGGAGGAUAGCUACAUUCGAGACGACCAGAGAAUACAAAGAACAUACAAGCAGAUAUCCAGAGCAGUGGUUAUAACAGACCGUUCGAUUUCACAUUCAGAAUCUGAUCAGCAGAUUUCAUUGGUGACAGUGCCUCCUCUUGAGCCUUCCUCUCCGGCUAUAAGGAUGGUGGAGCUCAGUUCAUCGUCCAUGACGUGCAUGCCUGGAACCUAUUUGGUCCACCUGACCUGCUUAUCAUCAGGCUCAGCUCAUGAAGAUCUGGCUCCUGUUGUUUCCAGGCUCUUUCAUGUACCCAGCAUCUGCACAGAGGAAUCUGUUCAAGAGGCAGUCUUCUUAACUGUGAUAUGUGCAGGAUCAGAGGAGAAUGAGAAGCCUGUGAUAUUGUGGGUAAUGUACUUCAACAUGCGGGAUACCUCUGGCCUAGACAGUAGCAGCUACAAUCUGCCAAGCAACGUCCAUGUGUGCUCAGGACCUGAUGACAGCUUGGACAGCGAUUUCUCUAUUAACUUGGCUGAAUCUGUGUUUCAUCAGCUGGUACCUGAUGAGGAGUUUUGUCCACCCGCUCCAAACCCUGAGGACAUCAUAUAUGACUGCGAUCAGGGAGAAGGGGCCAACUUUGAAAAUGACAGUCACAAAGAAGGAGUGGUAAUUGAGGGAGAGGAUGUGCCUCAGGAGAACAAGCAACAAACGAGUAGCUCAGAAACUACAGCAAGCAUUGGUCAGGAAAUGAAUAAAUAUGAUACUCAAAGCCCAUCACAGGUGAAUAAUCCCUAAAGUAAUGACCAUUUGUCACAUCUUUCUUAAAUAAAUGACUCCUAAAUAAAUUUUCUCCUGAAGAUCUAAAGUUUUUCAAUAUCUAGUGUGGAAUGUGAGCAAAAAUACUGAUCAGAAAUGUUUAAAUAAAAAAGCAGAAAUCUAACAUUUCAAAACAGAACUGUUGUGUAACAUUAUUCUGGCCCUUGUCUUUGCUCUUCUCUGAAGAAAGAUUUAUGGAAUGAAGGAUGUACUAGCACUGUUCUAUAACUAUUUGCAAAAAUUUAAUUUAAAGAAAAAGAAUGUCUUUCCACACACUGUUACAUGCACAGUUACAGUUUUUAUACACUUAUGCAUACCAGUGCUGUCAUAAGAAUCUAAAUGCAUGCAACUAAAAAUCGACCUAUCUUCAAAUGAAAUGUUCAGUGAAUAAAUAAUGCUUGUUUUUAUUCCUAAA